UUUCUUCACCCACCAACUAAAGUUAUCAAACCUUUGAAAAAAUAUCAAAACAAAACAUUUUAAAAAUCCCUUUAUUAUUUAUAUAAUACAUGAGAAGUUAGUAACCAUUUCUGUUCGUUCACUUUCCUUCCACAUUCACAAUGAGCUCCGACGAUAGAGAUCAUUACUGGUUCAACCAUCAUGGUCAUGGACACCACUCCUUCUGGCCUAACCCUUCUACUUAUGACCGCAACAGCAAGAUCAUGCUCGCAGCAGUCGUCUCUUUAUCAGCAGUCAUCCUCUUCGUCUUCAUUCUCCAUCUCUACGCAAGAUUCGUUCUCCGCCGCCGCAGAGAGACUUUCCGCGGCCUCCCCGUCGUCGUACGCCACCCUUUUCAGACGCCCAAACGUGGCCUCGACCCGAAGCUCAUCGCUUCUCUCCCUAGUUUCACCGUCCGCGACGUGCCGUCGGCUACCGAAUGCGCCGUGUGUCUAAGCAUGUUGGAGGAGCAAGACACGGCUAGAGAGCUGCCGAGCUGCAAACACGUCUUCCAUGUUGAUUGUGUUGACAAGUGGCUCACCGCUUGCUCCACGUGUCCUGUUUGUCGGACUGAAGUUCAGCCAAGGCCGAGACUUGAGCCUGAGCCUAGAGAAGGACCAGUCGGUGGUGACGGUGCCUCCUCACCACCGACUGCUCCUCCGUUUUUGGACGAAGUCUCGUCGGUGGAAGCUGCGGCAUCUUCUUCAUCGGGUGAGAAAACAGCCGUGUCGUCAGUUUCACGAUUAGAUUCGUUUAGAAAAAUCUUGACAAGGGAGAGAUCAUCGAACAGGAUCAACCAUUCUUGUGUUGACCAAGAACGUGUACCGGAUCAUGUAUAAUGCAUAUAACUCAUACAUACGUCGAUAAAUUUUAAUUUUAUACACUGUAGGCCUUGAAACUCUGUUUUUUUUCUCUGUGUGGAUAUUUUUUGU